AUGUCAGUGUCAGUGGCAGAUCGCGGAGAAAGCAGUCCGAUGCGGCACACCCAAGGAGACCUCGCCAUUCUAGGCGCCGAGCUGUAUGAUCCAGGUCCAUCAUUCCGAUCGGCUCUAAGACUUGCAGCUGCAAAGAAGACGCAAAAGACGUCAUCUAUUAGCAGUCAAGAGGGACCCAGGAAGCGCCUAAAAGUUUCGCGGACAGAGAAGCAUGAAGCCGACGAUGAGAGAAAGAAGUCGCGAGGACGUCCCCGCUUAGAUAUCCAAGAUGAGACUGCGGCCGAUCGGCGACGGACGCAAAUUCGCCUUGCGCAGCGGGCAUAUCGCAGCCGAAAGGAGAAUGCUAUCCAGACGCUGGAAAAGAAGGUACAACAGCUCAAGGACACAAAUGAAGGAAUGAGCAAUGCCUUUAUGCAACUCCACGAUUUUGCUGUGAACGCUGGUCUACUUGACCAGAUCCCGGAAUUCGGCCGUCAACUGCGUGAGACAACAGAGAAAUUCCUCGCACUCGCACGCAAUGCGAGCGAUGAUGACUCGGCGCAUCGCGGUGAGCCCCUGGCCAUUGUCCUCGACGGUUCAGACGAUGCGGAAGCGAGGACCGAUCACCCUGACCCCGUCUCGCCGGGGCAGAUUUCCAGCACAGCAGAUGAGGAGCCGAAAACACUCUACGGCGGAAUCAUAGUCUCGCAUGAGCCGGUUGACCAGACGGAUCUCCUGCCGAGCGUUUCCACUAGCGUCGUCCCUGAUGCUCUGACCGCCCCUAUACUGAGUUACGAAACAAGUGUGCACCCGGUUUCCGAUGAUACUAGCGUCCCAUCAGGAUCUGCUUCUGGGUACGAGGGCUCAGAUUCCCUCACACCUCCUCCCCGGCGUCUUGAGCUGAGCGUCCCGGAUUCGUACUCGUCGCAUGAGACAACAUUUGGCCGUAGAUACCAACGUUACGCCAUUGAGUGCGCCCUCGCCUUUGUCAACAUGCAGUACCCGCCACCACACAUCAUAUCCCGUUGUUUUGGAUUUUGCUUGCUUUUUGAAUCCUUCGACGACAUCAAACGCCGUCUCAGCAGGAUGGCGGGUUUCGGCGCGCAGCAAUCCCUCGACAAUUGGCAAUACCCGUUCUUCCACCUCGGUGGCGCCGGUACACACCUAGAUGCAUCGGCAAUUUCAACAACCCAGCGCAUCGGCAACCAGGGCACACAGGAUGUCCUCAAGCCAACUAUCACAGCCGGGUUCGCUACCGGUCCGUUCUCGGCCGAGCUCAACAGCAUACGCGACACCGAGCUGGACAAGGAUAUGCGCAUCGCCAUGCCGGGAUUCGGCCACGAGUAUUUUGACUGUGACGAGGUUGAGAUGUAUCUGUACCAGCGGGGAGUCGUCAUCCCGCCCGGGGCGGAUUACGUCGCAGCCGAGAUCGACGCGAGCCACUUUGACAACCAAGGCUGGGAUGCUGAUCCUUCUUCCGUUGCGGCCAAUUUCGACCUUGUGUCGAUGGAGAACAAGCUCGCUGCCAUAAACGGGAUCAUGACAUCUUCAUCCAUAUCUCCCCAGCCGAGUUCGAGAAGCGGCCCGACAUCGAGUGACCUGUCCGACUUGCCCGCUGCUUCCUGGCCCCUGAGCGACCCGACCCUUUCCGAUGAAUCACCGCGGGGAGCCCCCCCAUAUCCGGCUACGACCUCAGCGCCAGGUUCAUCGGCUGCCAACUUCAUCUCGCCCACCAGUGACAAUGAUCUGUCGGCAUUUCCGGCCUUGCCGUCGGUUGGUGACAACCCGCUGCUUUUUGACACAUCACCGCCAGUGCAGAGUUCAAGACGGCAACGGGUGCUCGUCAAUGUCGAGUUGCUGGUGAGAGGUAGGCAACUCCUUCAGCCAUAG